GGGGCUGCAGGGAGCGCAGCGCGCGCCGCUGGGGCCCCGGCCACCGGACGCCCUACCGGACACGACCCUCCCUGGAGCUUGGACAACUGCCCACCUCGACACUGCACCGGACACUGCCCCCCACAGGGCUGGACACUACAACGGACACUACUUCCCAGCUCCGGACAUUGCUCCCUGUUCCCCCCAGGCCCUGGACUCCUUCCCCCCCUCCCCCUACAGGGGCCCAGACGUUGAGCCCAUCGCAGGCUCUAGCCAGCGUCCCCCAGCACCCUAGCCCUAGACAUUGCCUCCUCCCUGUCCCCCUCUCCCACCUCCUCCUCCCGCCUCAUCUUUCUCCCGCUUGGGUCGGAGCCCCGCCAGUUUCUCUGAUCCCCUGCUGCUUGGCCUCGGCUGCCUGGGCCCCCAUCCCCCGUCUGCUCGCCCGGAUGCCUCUCCCGGGGGGGUUGUGGUGGCUCCUCUGCUGCCGUCGAGGCUUCACUCUUCUGCACCGGGACUAUGGUGACGGCGAGCUUAGCGGGGACGGGGACGAGGACGAAGACGAGGAGACCUUUGAGCUACGGACCCCGAGUCCAGCGGGCGGGAGGAGUCCCCUGGAUGUAACACUGACUCAGCCUGUGAGGAGCGCCGCAGUCUCUGACAGGCUGCACAGCUGGGAGGAGACUUGGAGCCUCAUUCCAGAAAAGGGUCUGCCGGAGGAUGACCCCGACAUCGUUGUGAAAGGUUGGCUGUAUCGCGAGCCCCGCGGAGGAGGGGCACGGCCAUGGCUGCCUCCUCGCCGAGCCUGGUUCGUGCUCACUCGUGAUUCUCUGGACCAUUUCAGCAGCAAUGGGAAGGGUGCUCGGCGCCUCGGGAGCCUUGUACUCACCAGCCUGUGCUCAGUCACUGGCCCAGAGCGCAGGCCCAAGGAGACUGGUCUGUGGUCAGUGACUGUGUCUGGCCGGAAACACAGCGUCCGCCUCUGCUCCCCCCGCCAGGCAGAGGCUGAGCGCUGGGGGGUGGCCUUGCGCGAAGUGAUCUCCUCAAAGGCUCCGCUAGAGACCCCCACCCAGCUAUUGCUCAGGGACAUACAGGAGAGUUGCGGGGAUCCAGAGGCGGUGGCCCUCAUCUACCGUCGGAACCCGAUUCUGAGGCAUACCAGUGGAGCCUUGUAUGCCCCACUUCUGCCCCUGCCCUAUGGAGUCAGUGCCCCAGGUCCUGGCUAUGCACCCUUGAGAGAGGAGGCGGUAAGGCUGUUCCUUGCGCUCCAGGCACUGGAGGGGGCAAGGCGCCCUGGGCCCCUGAUGCAGGGUGUGCUCCAAACCUGUCGGGACCUGCCUGCACUCCGGGAUGAACUCUUCCUGCAGCUGGCUAAGCAGACCUCAGGCCCUGCAGGUCCUCCUGGGCUCCCUGCUACCCAAGACCCUGCAACCCUGCGGUACUGGCAGCUCCUCACCUGCAUGAGCUGCACCUUCCGGCCUGGGGUAGCUGUUCGGGGGCACCUCCUAGGGCAUUUGGAGAGGACUGAGCAGGCACUGCCGGACUCGGAACUAGCGGAAUAUGCGCGCUUCAUCAGGAAAGCUCUGGGCCGGACGCGCGGCAGAGAGCUGGUGCCAUCGCUGGCAGAGAUUUCCGCACUGAGCCAACGACAGGAGCUGUUGUGCACGGUGCACUGUCCAGGGGCUGGUGCCUGCUCUGUGGCCAUUGACUCUCACACGACAGCAGGGGAGGUGGCUCGAGAGCUGGUGGGGCGGCUGGGUUUGGCCCGGAGCCGCAAUGUCUUUGCGUUGUAUGAACAGCGUGGUGCCCAGGAACGAGCGCUGGCUGGGGGGACCCUCGUGGCCGACGUGCUCACCAGGUUUGAGAAUUUAGCCUCAGAGGAAGCCAGACUGGAAGACUCGCUGGACUCCGGGUGGAGACUGUGUCUGCGUCUUCACGGACCUCUGCAUCCUGAGGGACUAUCCCCAGACGGUCACGAACUGCCUUUCCUCUUUGAGCAGGCUCAUGCUCUGCUGUUGCGCGGCCGGCCGCCACCACCCGACGACACACUGCGCGCCCUGGCGGCGCUGCGCCUGCAGAGCCUGCACCGAGACUUCUCCCCGCGGGUGCCCCUGCCUCGCCUAGACCGCCUGCUGCCGCCCCCCAUCCCGCCCCCCAUCCCUCCGUGCGAAGUUCAGCCCCGCCCAACUCCCAGGCCACCGCCCUCAGCCGCCCUGCUGGCCGGGGCAUUCUGGAGCCCCAGCCUGGCCAAGAGGCGGGCGGAGCGGGCUCGACGCAGUGGGGCCUGCCGCACAGCAGCCCCCGAGGGAGGAGGCGGAGGCGCCCGCACCGCUGCUGCUGUGCUGGGCGGCUGGAAGCGGUUACGGGGCAUGGGCCGAGCUGAGGCCAUGGCUGCCUACCUGGCUCUGGCGGCGCAGUGUCCGGGGUUCGGCGCUGCUCGGUAUGACGUUCUGGAGCUGAGCACGGAACCUGGUGGAGGUGCUCCACAGAAGCUAUGCCUGGGUCUGGGAGCCAAGACCAUGUCCCUCUCCCGGCCUGGUGAGACAGAACCCAUCCACAGUGUCAGCUAUGGUCAUGUGGCCGCCUGCCAGCUAAUGGGUCCCCAAACCCUAGCAUUGAGGGUAGGCGAGAGUCAGCUCCUCCUGCAGAGUCCCCAGGUGGAAGAGAUCAUGCAGCUGGUGAAUGCCUACUUGGCCAACCCCUUCCCCGAGAGGCCCUGCGGCAGCUCUGCUCCUCCAUGCCAAGACCUGCCAGACACCUCCUCUCCCAGCCAGCACCAAAGCCUGGAUGAGCCCCAGGGACAGUCUGGCUUCUUGGGGCAGCUGCAGGACUGAGCCUGCCAAGAGGUCAUGACUCCCCUCUUCCCUCCAGCCUGGGCCAGGACUACUCUGAGAUUUGAGGAGACCAUGGACCCUUUUGGCCCUGCAGGGACAGGGCACAGACCCCACACCCAAGGUCUGAAAUGGGUGUGGACAAUUUUAUAGUUUGUUUCUUAAUUUAUUUGUAGAAGAGAAGCCAAAAAAAAAAAAAAUCCUUAUUUACACAAA